GAGAGCUGGAGGGGGCAGAGGGGGGAGGGGAAUCGGAUAGGGCAAGACGCCUGGCCCUCCGCCCCUCCGCCCGGUGUCGCAGGUGAGGGCUACCGCAGAGUUAUAUCCGUGAGUCCGUAGGAAGUGUGGGGAGAGUAAAAGGCCUGGGGCGGAAGUGGGCUCGGUGGGCCGAGACGUAGCUUCAUUUAUCGUGGAAUCGGAUAAAGCACCCAUGUCACCCUUGCCUGGUGCAUCUGGGGAACCCUUCCAGUCAGUACCAUCACUCUGGAGAAUGGUAGAGGAACAAUUAGCACCCAGUGAGAGGCUUGAGGCGAAAGCUAUCUUGGGUCAUGGCCUUGUGGAACGGAGCUUGGAACUUCAUGCUGAGGUGCAAACACUGUUGGAAUUCCAUCAGGAGUUGCAGUCAGCCCCCCUUGGAGUGGAACAAAGCCCACUGCAAGCAGCUGACAGCUGGGCCUUGCUGGCAGCUCCCCCCAACCUCAAGGAGCUGGUGAGGGAGGAGAUCCGCCUUCUUCUAAUUGGUCUACAGCAGAAGGCAUUGCAGGAAGGCAGGAACCAAGAUUGUGCCAUUGCUAAAUACAGCCCCCAUGUGGUCACCUUUGCACUGAAGGGAAAUUCUGGCAAUAGUCAGUCUUCAUCUGGGAGCAGUGCCCUAGUCAGGCCAUUAUUUUCCAGAACCGCUAAUCUGGAAUCCUUCUGUAAUAAACUGAAUAUUGCCCAUAUCAGUGAGGUAGCCUCUCAACUUCGAACCUUGCUAGAGAAUGAGUGCUGUGAUCUGGAAAGAUACAUCCCUUAUUUACAGUGCCAACUGGAGGAGGCGCAUCAGCAUGCUACAGAGCUGCUGGAGGCAACACAUGAGCCCACCAUGGCUGAAUUACAGGAGGAGAAGCGUGCCAUGGAACGGGAUCUGCAGCUAAGCCAGCCUAAGACAGGCACCAGCCCUUCCCUGAUGUCGAAACUUCUUGGGAGUAGCAGCUCCCAGCCGCAAUUCAGUGGCUUAAGAGGAUCGGCAAAAGGACCAAGCUUUGGAGAGAUCAGUCCUGCUUCUUCACCAACUCGCAGAGACCAGACUUCUCCUUUAUGCCAUCAGGCACUACCCCGGAGGAGCCACUCAGCACGAUGGUCUGAUGGAUGGCCGCAGCGAGAUGGUGAGGAACCCAACCAAGCCAGGAAGGACAAUGAUGUUCUGCUGCCUAGACCUGUGGUGCCAGUGCUUCUGAAAGGGCACAGGAUUGCUUCAGCCUGUGGGCUGGCAGUAGCAGGGUUGGACCAUGUCUUCCACCCCAUGCCUCCUUCAAAGCCAUGCCCAGUGCCCCGCUUCUGCCCUCGCACUCGGCUGCUGCGAUGCAAAGGACCCAGCUAGGGAACAGAGAGCUGCCCCCUUCCCUUAAGUACCUCAUUUCCCGCUCCCAUGCUGCAGAGUCUUAAGAGGACCCAACCCUGCAGCAUCCUGUGCCUCAAGAGUUGCUGCUGUUGCCUUUUGCUCAUCCUUGUGAACAGGGUCAAUGGGAUUCCAGGGAAAGUGAAAAGGCAAAGAAAUGCAUACACACAACCUCCCCCAACCUAUGAAUGCAGAUAAUCUACUUGCAAGUGGGACCCAUGCCAGUGAGAUGUUUCUUCUCAUCCUUGUCCACAAGCCAGGGCAGUGGGCCUUGUGAACCCAACCUACACCUUUCCCAUUCCUCCACACACACACCAAAGAACUGUAUCACCCAAGGUUCAGGAAUAUAAAUUUCAUUAAAAUCUAUCAGACUUUAAAAAUCUACAACUGGAAGAGUCACAGUAUGGGAGACGCGUCACAAUUAUUGCUAUGAACGAUGAGGCGGCAAUGCUAGCUGUCGCCUUUGACACAGGAGGAAAGGACAGACACGGAACCAUGCAUUAAAUAGUGCAGCCUCGGCACAGAGGAGGGAAGGUCUGGGGGCUGGAGGCUUAGGGCAAAAGUACCAUCAUGGCAUGGAGCCAUCUGUCCCCCCCUCUCCCUCUUAACUGCUCACGAUGCAGACGUUUGGCACUUGAAUGCUGGCUGCUAUGCCCAUGCCACCGGCUGGAGCAGGUACCACGUGGGUAGGAGCCAGGUGUGCCCUUGCUGUUGGCACCAUGGUUACACCGCAGCAAUCGUGCACGGCUGGGAGCUGAGGGGUGCCCCCCGACAUGCACUGUUUGGCAUUGGUUAAGUGAAUUGGCAUCAGGGUACAAGACAGGAUUGUGGCUGCUGGGGUUUCCUGUCUCCUCCACCCAGACGUUUCUAGGGGGUAAAGUGCAGGCAGCAACACUGAAAUGGAAACACAGGAUGGUGAGGCUGGAAGACGGAACCAUUAGUACCUUCUACCCAUCUGAGGCAGCACAGGCCCUGCUUUGUGUUAGGGAGAAAAGCCUUGCAGCUGGAGAUGGGGCUGGUGCCUAUGGCCAACUUCUCCAAAGCUUCACCAUGAAGCUAACAGCUUCUGCCCCCACCACUAGUGGAGAAGUGGGCCGCGUGGAACCCAGGCCUGGCCUGGAUAGCUUUUAGGGAAGCUUGUGCUUUUUCUUUGUGUGUGUGUCCCACUUGCAAUGGUGUGGGCAGGACUUGGCACAUCAUCUGCUCUUAGCACCAUGGUUGGCUCUGUCCCUUUCCCUGUGGGAUGGGGCAGGGCUAGGUCCCAAUGGUCUCUUGCCUUUGUGGAGACUCCAUUGAAAUUAAUUUAUUCCUCUUCGGGGAAGAGUGUAGAAAAGUGCUUCAGAAUAAUGGGCUUGGGGGAGCUUCCAGAAGAUGCUGUCUAGACAAAGAAUGCACACCUGGGCAAAAUCUGUCCACUGGGCUGCAUGGGCUGCCCAGAGUCUGUGGCGCUGCUCAAGAUGUCUAUCAUGGUAAUACAGUGCAUCCAGCCUCUCAGCUGUCCCUUUUUCUAUUUAUGAGAGAUGCUGUUUGCUUACGUUUCACGCUGCAGGUGUGCGAUUCUGGAUGGUGUGCAAAUAAGGCUCAAUAUUAAGAUCAGGAGGGAGACAAGUGCAUAUUUUUGUUCAUGGAGCUGUGCUCCUCCCAUGCCCUUGCAACGCAAUUAAGGAGAGCUCUCCUGCCCCCUACUCCCCCACCUCAAUCAUUAACCUGCCAAAUUCAAUACAUAGCUUUUAGCAGGAACAUUUCUUACCGUAUCAUGGGAGGCCAUGGCGAGAAGUGCAAAUUGGUAAGUGCUGGGGAAGCUAGCUUUCCUUUCCUAGGUGGGGAAGCUGGGAAGGUAUGUGCAGUGGUUGGGGGGGGGAGGUGCAGUCUUAAGUGCAUCUCUGGAAGAGCCCUCGCAGGGGCAACAGCCUAGCUGAAGGCUGCCUAGCCUAUGGCCAAGCGAUGCCUAGAAUGUCAGGAUUAACAUUUACAAUUACAACCAACCCUCUUGCCCUCCCCCCACCCCAACCCCCCAUUUGCUUAUCUGUGGGGCCAGUCCCCAGGGCCCUGAUCCAGGGCAGUAUGGGGCAUACCACCCCCAAUAGACACCAGACCCCCAUGGGCCCAGGUGCAGCUGCCAGAAUCCACCCCCAAAGGGGUUGUUGAGCCAGCGAGGCUCCAACCGACCCUCCUCCUGGUGCCCUUUCCCAAGGCACCCCCAACGGUUCGGCCAGUGCACACCCUCCCCACCCCUGACCCUGGUCCUGGUUGCGAAUUGGGGCCAUCUGAACGUGACUGUAAACAUGAGGGUUACAAGAUGGCACGGGGGCACUAAUGAGGUGGGUGGGGUUGGAACUCACAGCCCCUCCCCCAGAGUCCGGCGCAGCCCGGGAG